CACCAAAGAGGCGGACGCGCUUUCCGUGGUGCUGAAACAGAAAGACCUGGCUGAUCAACUAGUGAAGAAGAGGAAGACACCCUCACUUCGCCACCUGCUUCUGAGCUUCAUGGUAUUUGGUAGCUUCAGUAAGAACUUAUUACAUUAGCGUCUGACUGUGCUGCAUCAUGCUGUGGAUGAAGUGGAAGAUGGUGGUGGACUCCCUGCGUGGACGGAGAAGGAGGAUGCCCUGUUCCCUCUGGUUCCUCCUGCUGUUCGCUGCUGGAGGUCUGGUUCUCUUCAUCCACCAGCGGGAUCUGUCAGAGAUGGUCCAGCAACAUGGCCCAGGCGUGAAGUUUGGAAGCACUCCACUGCAGUCCAGAGAGACUCUUUCAACGCAGGAGAAAGAGAGAGGCAAAUCUGACAAUUAUCAGGACCACCGAACAGUGGAAGGCAUCUUGUCCAGCCCGAUCCCUCCAAUGCAGUUCCCACACUUUGAGGAGAGUAGACCGGUGGCCACCACUGGAUCUCGGGAGCAGGACAUAGACUCCCUUCACGUCUCCAAACGACACCGCAAACUGCUGAAAACAAGUCCCCCGAUCCAUCACACCAACAAUAAUGUUUCCACAUCCUUUUCCUCUUCUUCCUCCUCAUCCUCAGUUUCCUCCUCUGCCUUAGUCUCUUUUACCCCUGAGAGCUGGAAAAAGCUUUCCAAUAUCCUGGAAGCACGCCGGCAACUGAUGAAAGAGAUGUGCGCUAAGUACAAAAGCAGCAUCUCCAGGACCAUCACACGUCAUCAUGUCAAACACCUCUUCGUGGAGGACAAGUACAAGUUGUUGUACUGCCAGGUGCCCAAGGCGGGUUGUUCCAACUGGAAGAGGACCCUGAUGGUGCUGGCAGGCCAGGCCCCCAAUGCUCAGAGCAUUAAACACGACACAGUCCACUAUGGCCACCAUCUCAAGGAACUUGACAGCUUUGACCGACAGGGAAUCAUGCACCGUCUGGAGACCUACACCAAAGUCAUGUUUGUCCGAGAGCCCUUGGAGAGAAUGGUGUCGGCCUACAGGGACAAGUUUGAAAAUCCCAACAACUACUACCACUCCCUGUUUGGGAAACCCAUCAUCUCCAAGUACAGGGCGAACGCAUCCUGGGCAGCCCUGAAGACAGGUAACGGGGUCACCUUCAAGGAGUUUGUCCAGUACCUGCUGGAUGUCCACCGGCCUGUGGGAAUGGACAUCCACUGGGAGCAGGCAAACCAGCUCUGCAACCCUUGUCUCAUAGACUAUGACUUCAUCGGCAAGUUUGAGAACAUGGAGGAAGAGUCCAACUUUCUUCUGCGAUUGACUGGGGCGCCAUCCAACCUCACGCUGCCCAGUUUUAAAGAUCGGAACCCAACCGAAAAGAGGACCUCUAUGCAGAUCACACAAAAAUACUUUUCACAGGUCAGCAUGUUGGAAAGACAGCGAGUCUACGACUUCUACUACAUGGACUAUCUGAUGUUCAACUACUCCAAGCCUUUUAAAGAUUUAUAUUGACUGACUCCUAUCAAGACGCUUGAAUCACAGUCACAUUCCACUACGUCUACAUCUCUACCAUGACAGAAAUCUUAACAUAAAGAGGCUCACUCACAUGCUCACAUGGAUCUUUGCAUCUAAGCAGAGAGAUCAGAGAGACCAAACUUCCUCUGGAUUUCGCAAAAGCUGCUUUUUAUGAAUAAAUUUCUAUCAGAUUAUCUUCAUUUAUAGACAACUAUGAGAUGAAAAGGUUCAUGUUAUGUCGUAUUAAAUAGUCAAAAUUGUUCUGAAAUGCAAAUGACUUAUUCACUACUGGCACAUGAUGAGGUAGAAUAUUAAAAUUAUUAAUGUUAUGCUUCUAAAAAAAAGUUUAUUAUUGUUCAACAGGCUUUAAAUUAUGCCUUACUGUGAGUCAAAUAGCAUUUGCAAAUGAGUUUUAUGGCUUAGUUAAACAUAGGCGCCACAUGGGAUUUUAUUUAGGUUCCAAUCACAUUCCUAAAUUCACAGUACGUACAGUACGUUAUGUGAGCCCCUACCACCUACCUUUAGAAUAAUCAAACCAAAACAUUCAUGGAUAUAGUUGCUUUAGUCCUUGGUUGACCGAGUAAUGAUCACCGCCAUGAACUGCAAUUUGUUCAAAUGAACUCUCUGCAUUUGCAUUUUUAUUUUAUUUUAAAUGAUUGCAUUUACUAUUUGACUUACAGCAGGUUAGGCAUCCGUAUACCUCUAUGUAUCAGUGCAUACUAAUACAGAUAAUUCAUGUAAAUGGUUUUACUAAAUAUAAACCGUAACAAAAUGAAACACUAUAAAUAGUAUACAUCUUUAAAAUGUGUCAAGUGUUGCCCACUCAGAAUCUGUGUGCACUUAUUGUAGCAUUUUUGUACUUCUAACUUUGUCGGUUAGGUUUGUGCUUUAGUCUAACACAUACACGUGAUGUAGGUCCCCCAUCACUAGAGGUAUUUACUUGGGUGGCUGUUGUUAAAUCCAGGUACUUGCAGGGUACAAAGUGUUGCUUCCAAUAUCUCUUAACGCCUGUUAGUGUUACAGACUUACUAAUUAUUCAGUUUCAGAAGUCAACAUUGCAAAAAUCAGGCUUAAAAAAACACAAAAACAGAUGUUUAGACUUGUUUUCGUGACGGCCUAAACAUGUACGAUUUGGACAUUUUGACAGGAUAAGAGAAAGAAAACAGCGUGCCCAAACUUCUCCAUCUAUCACACUAAACACCCUGAGAAGCUAUCUCUUACAAAUCUCACACUGUCAGUAACUCCAUACCCUUUGUAUGUAUCACAUCUAUUCUCUACUUCUUUUUCUGACACUACUGUGUAAAAUUGUAUAAUGGGCAUUCAGAUGACUAUAUAUUUUUCUAUGUAUUUCUAAAAUAUAUAUAUUCAGUGCUUCUUGGUGAAGGUAUGUUUAUUUCCUUUUUGAUGUCAUUGGUUGUUCUUUCAGUAAUAGCAGUGUAGAGUGUUGUGUAACAGAAGAGUUUCUUUCCAAAACAAAAUAUCCACCAGCUGAAAAGUCUAACUCUCAAGAGACUAAAGGACUGCAAAAAUCUGCGGUACCAUUUAAAGUGCAGAAAAUAACUUAGUUUGAUUGAUGAAACAAUACCACUCGGUGCUUUGGAGGUACCGAAAGAUUUUUUUUUUAUGAAAAUGGAUAUAUAAAAUUUUGGAAAUUAGCUCUUUAAUUACUUAUCCCUAAUCUGUUUGGUCUCUCAAUAGGAUAAUAGACCCUGUACAGAUGAGCUGCAGUCCACCUAGUUACUCAUCCUGGCUAAUGACAUUUUUACCCAUAGCAACUCCACUGUGUGUGUGUGUGUGUGUGUGUGUGUGUGUGUGUGUGUGUGUGUGUGUGUGUGUGUGUGUGUGUGUGUGUGUGUGUGUGUGUUGAAAACUUAUAUACACACACUGCUAAAAGACACAUAUUGAAGGUAUACAGUAUCCUGUGUGUAACAUUACUAGCCUGCUAUAUUCCCAACACACUACCCAGCUGACACUAGAGUAAAACUUUUUUUCUACUUUGAUGCAGUUCAGACCACAUAACAAUGUGCACUAGUGGAAACUGCACAGAGACUGGCAAUUCUUAGGUCCUGAGCACUCUAACAUUUUUAAAUUACUGGAUCUAUUACGACCUUUUUAAGAUUAAUCAUGUCUAAGAUAUUACAAGAUUUAAUAUGAGGUAAAAAGAAACAGAACCAUUCAUCAGAUAAUCAUGUACAGUCAAUCUUCAAGAUUACAUUGACUGAACUGAGACCCCAGCUAAGGUUUCUCCAAAUGAAAGUUAGAUUAAAUCUUCUUGGUUAACAGUUUAAGCUUGAGUGCAAUGAAGAAGUAACUAAAUAUGAUGACUUUGACACCAAAAUAUAGAUGCAAAUAAAUAUACUUGUGCGGGUUAUAAAGAAAUUUACAAAGAAAAACCUUGAAUAAACAAAAUACAAAGUAAAAUAAAGAAAUUAAAUCAAGAUAACAAGUCUGACUACAACCGAAGUGGGUAGCAGUAUAUUUUUACAAGGGCACGAUGCAAAGAUGAACUUGAGCUAUUGUGAUGCUGGGAACAACUUAUGGCGAGUCUCCUAAAAAGUAGCAGUCACUCUUCAGCUACGUAUACGCUUUGCAGCUCACUGGAAAUGUGUUUUAUGUAACCAAAUACUUUAUGAAGAGACAUAUUUGCCUAUGAGUGAAGGGAAAUUCAUAUUAUUUAAAUCUAUACACACUAUAAUCAGCUUUUGACAACCUUUAAAGAUUUUGGUGGUGUUACCCUUUCACGGUGAUGGUAUUGUAUGAACCUUUGUCAGUAUAGUGUGUUGGCUUUUGCAAAUCCAAAACUGAAUCUUUGUUUAGGUUGUGGUCAGAUUCAAUGUAGGUAUAGCCAGUCUUGGCCAAAACAGCUGUUGCAUUAUGAUGAGUAUAACUCUGCAAAUACUGUAAGUCCCUGCCCCCUGCUAAUAAAGUUUUCUUGGUAUGUGGGUGUAUGGAUAGACUUAUCAAAAGCGUAAUUACAGUAACAAGUGAAUGUAUAACUGUUUAUUGUUGGUGCAAAAGUGUAUAAAAUAUGAUCUUAAGCCCUUUGCCUUAUUUUACACUGCCAAUCAAAUGGUGUAUUUCAGGAAGACAUUCUUCAGGUGGUUAUUAUUUCUGGCUGAUGAGUGUCUACUAAUAAAUUCUCUUUAGCAUUUUCAA